AUAAGAAUGUAAUUGUACUUCACAGUUCACUUCGAAUCUUUAAAACGAAAGUGUUCUCUGCAAAACAUUUUGUAUAUUGUGAUGUUGGUUAAAUAAAUAAUGUAAAUGUAGUCUGUACAUAUUAAUAGUGCGGCCGUUGUUUUAGGAGUGACUGGUCAAACAAAUGAGUCAUGUUAGUGAUAAAUAUUCUCUGAGAAUGUGUAGGCUUAGGUUUCAUAUAAUUGAAGCUUGUAGUAAAUAAAAGUGAAUAAUUCAAUUCACAAGUUGAGUUAAGAAAAAUGUACGUGUCAUUCCUACUAAGAUACAGAAGUAUGAUACUGGCCAGUAUAUUUUUUUUCUACCUUGGUUGUGGAAUAACACUUAGCUUUCUACGCCUUGAAUGCGCUGAUGCUCACAAUGCCAAAGACUUGAGCGAAACGAAAAAUGGUUUAGAUAAAAUUGAAUAUGCAGUCCUAAUUUUAAGUGGACCUGACAACGAAGCCAAGAGAGAUGCUAUAAGAGCUACUUGGAUGAAGUUCUCAAAUAAUAUUUUUGUGGAGAAUGGAGAAACACUAUACAAGUGGAAUCAUACAUGGACUGAGCAGCAUGUGCCACACGAAUUUAUAAAGUUCUAUUUUGUAAUUGGCACUCAAGGUCUGAGUGAAACAAAGCUGACAAGGUUGAAUACUGAAAAUAACAGAAGCAAUGACCUCUUAUUAUUGGACAGCUUUGAAGAUAGUUAUAAGAACCUAGCUAUAAAAAUGUUACAUUCAUUAAAAUGGUUUACAACUAAUUUAACUAGAUUAAAAUAUUUGAUAAAGUGUGAUGAUGAUUCCUUUGUUCGAGUGGACUUGAUAAUUAGAGAUCUGGAAGCUUUUGCACCUGAAAUGAAUGCUCAUGAAAUAAGUGACUAUGUCACUUACAAGAAAGAUCUCCCUUCAUACAAGGGCUUGUACUGGGGAUAUUUCGAUGGACGAGCACGAGUUCACUUGAACGGCAAAUGGCAAGAGAAGGAUUGGUUCCUGUGUGACAACUACUUACCUUAUGCAUUAGGUGGUGGCUAUGUCAUAUCUCGCAGCAUUGUGGACUUUGUUGGAAGGAAUGCUGAUAUGUUAGGACAUUAUAAUUCCGAGGAUGUCUCCAUGGGAGUGUGGACAGCCUCUUUAGAUGGUAUGAACAGAGUGCAUGACGUGAGAUUCGACACUCAAUGGAAAACGAGAGGCUGUUCCACACAAAUGUUAGUCAGACAUAAGCAGGCACCAGCAGACAUGUUUCAACUGUACAAAACAUUGGUACAUUCUCAUGGACAGAAACUUUGCAAGACUGAAACUAUUCUAGGCAAAUCUUAUCUCUAUAAAUGGGAUGUGCUGCCAAGCAUGUGCUGUAAGUAGUGUAACUUUAUUAUUGUAGAAAGUGCUAGAAUGCUUAGAUAUAUAGUUUGUUUCAUCAAGUCAGUCAUUAUUUAAGGCUCAAUAGUGAUCUUUUAUAUUACAGUAUUUGUUUGUUGUGUAUUGUCAGUCAUUAUGUAGGAAAAUAGAAUAUGUGUGUAGCUAUUAAUUUAGGACUUGUAUUUAUAUAAAUCACUGUAUAAUUACUUUAUGUAACUGUAUUUUAGUGA